AUGACUGAACAUAAUACAAAAUCAUAUAUACUUUGGUUGUUGUUACAUCGCUUUCUUUUAAUGCUCUUAUCUCCCUCUAACCACAACCGUCCGAUGAUGUUCUUCAGAUCAUUAUUCUUUCUCAUUUUCUUCUUCUUCACAUCAAAUGUUAUUGCUUCCCCCCGCAAACAAACCUACGUGAUCCACACUUUCACAGCCACUACCAAAGACAUCGUCACUUCGCUUUUCACUUCCCUCCAAACUGAGAAUAUUCACGACGAUGAUUUUUCUCUCCCCGAGAUUCACUACAUUUACGAAAAUGCCAUGUCCGGUUUCUCCGCGACUCUCACCGACGACCAGCUCCAGACGGUUAAGAACACUAAAGGCUUUAUCUCCGCUUAUCCAGACGAGCUCUUAUCUCUACACACGACAUACUCUCACGAGUUUCUUGGUCUCGAAUAUGGGAUCGGGCUUUGGAACGAGACCAGCCUAUCUUCGGACGUCAUCAUCGGCCUUGUGGACACAGGGAUCUCGCCAGACCAUGUCAGCUUCCGAGACACGCACAUGACUCCGGUCCCCUCUAGAUGGAGAGGUUCCUGCGACCAAGGCACAAACUUCUCUUCUUCAUCUUGUAACAAGAAGAUCAUUGGCGCUAGCGCCUUUUACAAAGGCUACGAAUCCAUCGUCGGCAAAAUCAAUGAAACCACCGACUUCAGGUCGGCUCGAGACGCACAAGGACACGGGACGCAUACAGCCUCGACUGCUGCAGGAGACAUGGUUCGGAAAGCGAGUUAUUUCGGGCAAGCCAAAGGUUUGGCUACGGGGAUGAGGUUUACUUCGAGGAUCGCUGCUUACAAAGCUUGUUGGGCGAUAGGAUGUGCCAACACGGACGUAAUCGCAGCCAUAGACAAAGCCAUUUCAGACGGUGUGGAUGUGAUCUCUCUGUCGCUAGGUGGGUCGUCACGCCCGUUUUACGUGGACCCAAUCGCGAUCGCUGGGUUCGGAGCGAUGCAGAAGAACAUAUUCGUUUCAUGCUCGGCGGGUAAUUCAGGUCCAAGUGCAUCCACAGUGAGUAAUGGAGCUCCGUGGUUGAUGACUGUCGCUGCGAGUUAUACAGACCGGACAUUUCCGGCGAUUGUCCGUAUCGGGAACCGUAAAAAGAUAGUUGGAUCGUCCUUGUACAAAGGGAAAAGCUUAAAGAAUCUGUCGUUAGCGUUUAACACAACAGCUGGAGGAGGAAGGGGCGCCGAGUUCUGUAUUCGGGACUCGCUCAAGAGAGAACUCGUCGAGGGUAAAAUCGUCAUUUGCUUGAGAGGAGCCAGCGGGAGAACGGCCAAAGGUGAGGAGGUGAAACGGAGCGGAGGAGCAGCGAUGCUUCUGGUGAGCACAGAGGCCGAAGGAGAGGAGCUUCUAGCUGAUCCUCACGUUUUACCCGCCGUUUCAAUCGGUUCUUCCGACGGUAAGACCCUACUGAGUUAUCUCUCCCGCGCAGCAAACGCCACCGCGUCUAUUCGAUUCAGAGGAACCACGUACGGUGCAACCGCCCCGGUCGUGGCCGCGUUCUCAUCAAGAGGACCUAGCGUCGCCGGACCGGAAAUUUCUAAACCGGACAUUGCGGCUCCCGGUUUGAAUAUCCUCGCCGGUUGGUCGCCGUUCUCAGGACCUAGCCUCCUCAGGUCCGACCCAAGGCGAGUCCAGUUCAAUAUCAUAUCUGGAACAUCCAUGGCUUGUCCACACGUGAGCGGAAUCGCCGCUCUAAUCAAGUCCGUUCACGGGGACUGGUCACCGGCGAUGAUUAAAUCGGCAAUCAUGACGACGGCAAGGAUUACCGACAAUAGGAACCGACCGAUUGGAGAUAUGGGAGCGGGACCUGUUACGGCGGCCACAGCGUUUGCGAUUGGAGCUGGACACGUGGACCCAACGAGAGCGGUAGAUCCAGGGCUGGUAUACGAUACAUCCACCGUCGAUUAUCUCAACUACUUGUGCAGCUUGAAUUACACGAGCGAGAGGAUAUUCAUGUUCUCUGGGACGAGAUACACGUGUCGCACUGACGGCGUCGUUUUGAGUCCCGGUGAUUUGAACUAUCCCUCGCUCGCGGUCAACUUCGUCGAUGGAGCCACAACGGCGAGAUAUAAGAGGACUGUGACGAACGUUGGGUCACAGACGUGUGAGUAUAUGGCUCACGUUGAGGAACCUAGAGGUGUGAAGGUGAGUGUGGAGCCGAAAGUUCUCAAGUUCCAGAAGGUGAGAGAGAGGCUGAGUUACACGGUCACGUUUGUUGCACAAGCUUCUUCGACAUCUUCUGCUUCCUUUGGAGCUUUGGUUUGGAUAUGUGACGACAAGUACAAGGUCAGAAGCCCUAUCGCCGUGGCGUGGGGAUAAAGUUUUCCUUUCCAUUUCUAUUUUAUACCAAAGAAACAAAAAAUCUUCUUUAUUGAACAAAAGCUUACUUGUAAGCAAAUCAAAAACCCCCUAUAUAUCUUUUAGAACAACCCCCGCGUUUACUGUAUUUGUUUCCUUUUGUAAAAAGACCAGUUAUUAGGUCUUUUUCUCUAUAUAUUUAAUUUUGCUCGAA